CAAACUUUCAAAUCAUAACAAAGUGUACCUUGUACGUCACGUAUUUACAUUUACUCAUAUACAUUCCAAUAUAAAAAUGACCAAAGAAAAGAAAAACGUCUGCAUAGUAGUGUUGGGUGAUAUAGGGCGCAGCCCCAGAAUGCAAUACCACGCGUUGUCAUUGAGCGAAAAGGGCCACAAAGUGGACAUUUUAGGCUACGGUGACACCGCACCCAUGCCGUCAAUCAAAGAAGCCCCUUCAGUGUAUUACCAUUAUUUAUGCCCAGUACCCCAAAUACCCCUCAAACUCAUCAAUUACGCUUUCAAAACCAUAUUUCAAGCUUUAAACUUACUAUUGUUGUUUUGUACUAUUAGAAGACCCAAAGUUUUGAUGGUCCAAAAUCCUCCAGCAAUUCCAAGCCUUGCAGUAUGUUGGCUAUUUUGCAGAAUUAUUAGGGCCAAGUUUGUCAUUGACUGGCACAAUUAUGCCCACACUAUAAUGGCUUUGGGGUUGCACCAAGACCAUAUUUUGGUGCAAAUAACCAAAAAAUGUGAAGAUUUUAUAGGGGCCAGGGCAGAUUAUAAUUUCUGUGUUACAAAUGCAAUGAGGCAAGAUUUGGCUGGUAGAAAUAUUAAGGCUAUAACUUUGUAUGAUAAGCCUCCUGAAAUUUUUAAACAGAUUAGUUUGAAUGAGAAACAUGAGUUUUUGAUGAGGAUUGGGGCAACUUACACUGACAUUUUAGAUGGUGAUGAGACAGUAUUCACUAAAAAAGAUAGUGAGGGUAAUGUGGUACUUAAGCCUACUAGGCCAGGCUUUUUAGUGUCCAGCACCAGCUGGACAGAAGAUGAAGAUUUUUCUAUAUUAUUUUCUGCUUUAGCAGAUUAUGAAAACCAACACAAUACGAGAAAACUGCCUGAUUUAAUAUGUUUUAUAACUGGUAAAGGGCACUUGAAGGAAUACUAUUGCCAGAAAAUCCAACAGCAAAACUGGAACCAUGUCAAAGUAAUCACUCCUUGGCUGGAAUCCAAUGAUUAUCCUUUGAUUCUAGCCUCAGCUGAUUUGGGGGUUUGUUUGCAUACAAGUUCCAGUGGCUUGGAUUUGCCUAUGAAGGUUGUUGAUAUGUUCGGAUGUUGUUUACCAGUAUUGGCAUAUGAUUUUAAUUGUCUACAUGAAUUGGUCAUCAAUGGUAAAAACAGUUACACAUUUACAUCAGCUGAAGAAUUAUCUGGCAAACUGUUAAAUUGGUUUGAAGAUUUUCCAGUUAAUAAGGAGCAAAUGAAGAUUCAAAACCAGUUUAAAGGGGAACUUGAAAGUUUCCAGAAACUCAGGUGGAAGGAAAAUUGGGACACAAUUGCCUACACUGUUUUCAACUAAAUAAAAUGUAUUUAUUUCUACACAAUAGAUAUUUAAUGUUUUUCUUGUUCAUAAAUUAUCCGGGCAUAUUCCUCUUCUCGUGCGUAUCUCUGUUUUUUGGCCCAAGGUUUGUAAAACUGCGAAUACGCUAUCAAAAACGAUAAAGUAAACCCUACACCAGCAAAUAGAACAUAUUUCGGGUUGCCGCUCUGUUGUUGGCGCCAGGCUUGAUAAUUGGCCAUCUUUUUACCAAACAUUUUUUAGUUUGGGGUUUCGGUUACUUGGGGGGUUUCUUUUGCUUCUUUCGACUUUUGGAAAAGCGGUUUCCAGAUGUAAAUACCACCAAGGAUGCCUACGCCAACUGCUAAACCGAUAUCUACACCGUUGAAUCUUCCGAAGCGACGAAUUCGGGGAAUUCGCAUAUUUUUGAUUACCAGAGAUUUGAUUUAUUUUUUUGAGGUUAUGUUUGCUUUUCAC